AUGUCUGCAAUCCUCCUGGAGCCGCUCGAGCACCUGUCCUCUCUCUCCCAGCAGCUCUUCCGCUCGCUCGGGCUGCCCGCCUCCAAGCCGCCCCCGCCGCCCUUCCCGCCUGCUAGCGCGCUCCUUGCCGCAGAUGCCGCGCUCGCUGACGCGGUGCAGCGUGCGCGCGCGCACCAGGUACGCCAACGGCGCAUCGAGGCGCUCAAGGAGGAGGUGCUCGCGCUCGAGCGCCGCUGGCGCGCGAUCGUGAGCGAACUCGAGGAGGGACGGCGCGAGCUUGAGGAGGUCGUGCGCGAGGGCGAGGUGCGGACGAAAGCUAUCGAGGAGGCGAAGGCAGCUGCGGUACUGUACCCGGAGCUCCUCACGUAUGCGCAUAAGAUCUCCUCCUUCACCUCCGCCCCACCCAACAUGCCCGAACCAUCCAUGCCCGGCCAGCCCCCACCGCCGCUCUUCUUCCCGCCCUUCCCGAACGAGGAGAAGAUGCGUCGCGGCCGCAUGAACGACGAGGAGCCGCUUGGGCUCCUGGGCGAGACACACUCCGUCGGAAAGCCCCCGACGGUACAACCCAAAUCUGUCGAGAUGCCUCCGCACCUCGCGGGCCCUGGUGCGCAUCCAUACCGCCCGGAACUUCGUCAUCCACAGCAGGAGUUCUUCGACUUCGACUUGGACCUUAACCCCGACCUAUGA